AUGGCCACCAAUUCACUUACCUUUACCACGUGGCAAGCGCGAUGGAUGCAGCCGCUGCAGCCGUCCACGCAAGCGGACAUUGCCGCACCGGGGGUGGAUUCGUGCACGUGCACCGCGCGGAGAUUCCGCAUUGCAAGACCAGCCCGCGGAGCGCCAUCCCGCUCCGCUCUCGUGCAAUUAGCUGCACCGCGCGGCGUGCCUACCCGCCUCCGCGCCCUGCGCCGUGCCACGCGCGCCACACGAGGGUCUGCUGCGCGGCACACCGCCGCGAGUGCCGCUGCGGCGAGCGCGGAACCCGCGGGGGGCGUGGAGCUGUCGAUCUCGACGUUCAACAUCCUGGCGCCCAUCUAUAAACGACUGGCGGGCGAGGCGGUGCGCGAGAGCGCGUUCCCCGAGGAGUGGAUGGCGCGCAACGAGCGCAUCCUCGCCGCGCUGCGAGCAACCGACAGCACCGUCGUGUGCCUGCAGGAGUUCUGGUUCAACGCGGACCUGGAGCGCAUGUACCACCACGCGCUCGAGGCGCACGGCUACCAGCUCUACAAGCUGCCGCGCACCAACGCCAGGGGCGACGGGCUAUUGACGGCGGUGCGCGGCGGGCAGGGCGUGAGCGUGGCGGACUACGAGCCCAUCCUCUUCAACGACUGCGGCGACCGCGUCGCACAGCUGCUGCGCCUGCGCGUGCACGGCGGCGGCGAGAUGCUGCUGGUGAACACGCACCUGCUCUUCCCGCACAACGCCAACUCCAGCCUCAUCCGCCUCCGCGAGGUGUACAAGGUGCUGGAGUACCUGGAGCAGUACCGCCAGCGCCACCACCUGCCCGCACUGCCCAUCGUGCUCUGCGGCGACCUGAACGGCACCAAGGCGGGGCGGGUGUACCGGUUCCUGCGGUCGCAGGGCUUUGUGUCGUGCUACGAUACCGCCAUGCAGCACCCCGACCACGACACCUGCUGGGUGUCGCACCGCAACCACCACGGGGCGCUGGUGGGGGUGGACUACAUCUGGCUGCUCAACCCCACGGCGCAGGACAAGCCUCUCACCGCCGACUGGAAGGCCGCCAUCUUCCAAAUGAUCAAGGCGAAGCUGGGCGAGGCGGGCAUGGAGGAGGAGCGGCAGGCGUUUGACUUCUUCCGCAGCGACAGCGAGGCGGGGGCAGAGGGGCAGGGCGAGCAGGCGGAGUACGUGACAGUGGAGCAGUUCAACUACGCCAUGGACCAGCUGGGGUUGACGGGCGAGGGCACGGUGGGGUUGACGCGGGCAGAGAUAGAGGAGCUGGUGCAGUGCGUGGACACGGAUGGCAAUGGCGUCAUCGACUACGAUGAGUUCAAGACGCUGCUGCUGGCGCCGUCCAUGGAGGAGACGUAUGCGCGCAUCAGACAGGCCACCGGUAUCGUCGAGUCGCCCUGGCCCUCCAACCCCCCCGCCUCCGCCUCCCUCUCCUCACCAGCAUCACCAGCAUCCACAGUGGAGCGGGACUUAUCAUCGUCGCGAGACCUGGUGGUGUGUGGGGCACAGCUGGUGCCGGAGCCCAUGGCGCAGGGUGUGUGGCCCGACGACUACUCCAUCUCCGACCACGCCAUCCUCACCGCCGCCUUCACUGCUGCACCCACCCGCACAUAG